AUGCAUGUCAAGUCCUUCCUGGUCUUUUGCGCGGCUGCUGUCGCCUUCACGUCCGCCGCCAACCCACCUGUCCAGCAGGAGGACUUGAACACGCCCGUCCCGGAGAGCUACCGCUGCAGCUUGGCCGGUGGAUGCGGCGGCAAAGGCCCCAAGGACGAAGCUGCCUCUGCGACGUGCUACAAGAAGGAUCCUCGGAUCACCCAAUACAUUCAGUGCUGCAGGGAGCAGUGCCCGGAGAAGUCGAUCAAGCCGGAGUAUACUUGCCGCGCGGCUGGAACGGAAUGCAACAACCGCGACGAAUCCGUAUCGGUGUUUUGUCGCGCAUCGUCUACGAACUGGGCCGAUUUGAGCGUGUGCUGCGAAAGCCAGUGUGCAGGCUCCGAAGUUCCAGCGUCCUACGUGUGCCCAAAUGUUGGCUACACGUGUAAGGGUUCCGACGAUGUCGCGGCGUUGGCGUGCCACUCGCGUCAUAAAUCCGUUAAAGGAUUCACGGAGUGCUGCUCUCAGACGUGCUCGCCUAUUCCUUCUUUCGUCCGUGGUCACUAA